CUCUUAUUGAAGGCACUGGGCCCUUUAGAAUCACAACAGCAAUCGCGUUGGCAUCCUCUUCACUUGGUUUGGCCUGAAUUGGGAAAUACUGGGCACCAUGGAAUUAGCUGCAGGACACACGCUCGUGUCUGCCCUCGUUUCCAAAAUAACUUCAUCCACCAUCGUCAGCGCUGGAGGGGCAGCCUCCAGCACCGUCCUAGCGGCCCUUUCGUCACAGGGGAUCAACCUGUUAUCCCAGGCAUCCCUGGGCCCUGCAGCAGCAUCUGCACUUGGAGCACUGAAUGCUGGCACUCUCCUGGCUGGGUGCCCCCCUGCUGUCCUGGCUGCUUGCCAAAUUGGAGCCCAGGCUGCUGCUGUAGUAAUUGGAGGAGCUGCAGUAACGGCCGCUGUACCUGCAGUGCUGACCACCUUAGGCUUUACUGGAGCUGGAAUCGCCGCGGGGUCCAUUGGGGCCAAAAUGAUGUCUGCAGCAGCUAUAGCUAAUGGAGGUGGAGUCGCUGCGGGUGGCCUAGUGGCCACUCUGCAAUCAGUAGGAGCUGCUGGCCUCUCCCUGUCAUCCAAAGUCCUUUUGGGUUCCAUGGGGUCUGCCCUUGUGGCCUGUGCAGUGGCCCUGUAAACUGGAGCUCCCCGCCUCACAGAGACCAGAAGAGUCGGGGAGGCUUGCCUUGCCGCAGAGGGAGCACUGCGUCCUGGGGAAGGAAGGCUGAACACAGAAGGUCCAGAAUGAAACAAGGAAUAAAAACAAGUCGUUACUAUGGUG